UGGAGGCGGAGGGCAUGUCAGUGCCAGAGGAGGUGCCCCAGAUCCUCCAGGUGGUCUCCGGGUACCUUAGAGACCACUGCCCUCCCAUCACAAGCCUCUUCCCAGCGGGACCCACACACAGCCACACACACAGCCACACACACAGCCACACACAAAGCCACACACACAGCCACACCAAAAGCCUCCGAUACCCUCAAGUGGAGGGGGCAGACGGGGACAGGAGAGGAGACUCUGAGAAAGGGUCAAAGGUGAAACAUGGGACCAGUACUGAGUGCUGUCUCAGUCUCUGUCAGGCCGUGUCCUUCCUCCCUACAGCCGAGGAUGAUGAGGAGAUGAUGAUGAGGAAGGAGGAGCGGCACAGCAGGGGAGGCUGCAGUCUGGACAGAAGAGACUCUCUGAGUGUCCUCACUGUGUCUGACUUUGAAUGUCCCCUUUGUAUCAGGUUGUUCUAUGAGCCAGUGACCACUCCCUGUGGACACACCUUCUGUAGGACCUGCCUUGAGAGAAGCCUAGACCACAACCUCCGCUGCCCCCUCUGCAAACAGCCACUACAGGAGUACUUUAAGAACAGGAAGUAUAACCCCACGGUGCUGCUGCAGGAGAUCAUGUCCCGCCUCUUCCCCCUGCAACUGGCUGAGAGGAAGCAGGUCCACGAGACUGAGAUGGCCGAACUCUCCAAUCUAACUAAGGACAUCCCUAUCUUUGUGUGUACGGUGGCGUACCCGGGCGUGCCCUGUCCUCUCCACAUCUUCGAGCCUCGCUACCGCCUUAUGAUGAGACGAUGCAUGGAGACGGGCACCAAGAAGUUUGGCAUGUGCAGCUACGAACAUGGCAAAGGAUUUGCAGACUAUGGCUGUAUGCUGGAGAUUCAUAGCCUAGAGGUGUUGCCUGAUGGUCGCUCCUAUGUGGACUGUGUGGGAGGAAGUCGCUUCAGGGUCCUGAAGAGAGGACAGAGAGAUGGAUACCACACCGCUGAUAUAGAGUACAUGGAGGACCACAAGGCUGAGGGGUCAGAGUUCGAGCUGUUGCAGAGCCUCCAUGACAGUGUGUAUGAGCAGGCCCAGGACUGGUACACACGCCUCAACACACGCAUCAGAGAACAGAUCAGCAGACAGUAUGGAACCAUGCCUGACAAGGAUGACAACAUACAGGCCUCCAACAACGGUCCAGCAUGGUGUUGGUGGUUGUUGUCAGUUCUCCAGUUGGACCCUGCCUACCAGACCACCGUCCUGUCUCUGCCCUCCCUCAAGGACCGCCUGGGACACCUGCGCAUCGUUCUGGAGUACUUCUCUCAGAGCUAGAGAAGAGGAGGAGUAUGAAGGAGAUAGAGGGAUACAGCUUUACUGGGGUUUCUGAUGCCUAUCCAGUACCCUACACAGAGGAGAGGAGAGUCUCUACAGACUGGAUAAUGUGAAACAUACACAAUGCAGACAGUACACACACACACACUAAUAUAUCCCUCACACAGAGAUCCUGCAUACAGUACUUGACAGACACAUACAGUACCUGUCAGGCCCAAUCCCCAUCAAUGUAUUGUAUUUUCAUGAUUAUGUUGAUUUGGACUGAUCUUUUUCUUUGGGUUUGGAGCCUGUCGCCAUGGAGAUCAUAUGUCCUAGCUUGAACCCCUUUUACCUGGCCAAGAGCAGAAAGAGAUUGUUUUAUCACUUACAUAAAUAAUGUGUUUGUUCAUAGAUACAUCAUACCAUAUUGAAUCACUGGUGAAAGAGAGGAGCUUUUGCUUUUUGGGUGAAACUAACUCCGAUAUACUUUAAAAUGACUAUACCGUUUCUUGACUGUGUCCAGCUCGCUAAUAAUCACCUAAAUUAAAGCUAGACAGUCAGGUAGUAUCGUAAAUUCCCAAAACGAUGGAUAUAGGACUAUCUCUUGCAAAUUUUGACGGCAAGGAAAUUUAACACAUUUUUAUUGCGGCACUCCGGACCUCGUUGAAGACGGAAUGCAGCCCCCUGCAGUAGAGGGUUCAACUCAACCUGUUCUGAUUCAUGCCAAAGGAUGUAAACCUGGUGGUAAUGUCUCAGACAACCACUAGGUGUCCCUGUUCUCACUCCUGUUUCCCCUAUCAGCCAAGCAUAAAGAACACUGCCUAUCGCCAUGGCAACCGACCUGCAUGCAUGACGUAACCAGCCAUGUCAGAUAUGACAUGUCUGAUUCCUAUGGCUGUAAAGUGCUUGAAGAAAUGCUAUUAAAGGACAGAUAGGAUGAUAGCGUGAGAGAGAUCGCUCAGUCUUACAGAGCUGAAAACUUGAUUUCCUGGGUAACCGCACAAUAUGCUAUUAAAGGGCUUGGGUUAAAGUUAUGGAUAGUUUAUAAUAAUCAUAUUGUCUUUUGGGGGGUUCUUUAAAACCUUGAGAAGCUACUAUAUUGUGACAAACACAGUGAGCAGCCAUUUAGUAUCUAAUACUCUGCCCUUAAAUUAGGGUUAAAUUAUUAUAACAAAUUAUUGUUUUGAAUUACUAGCGCUACAGUAUAAUUGCUAUUGCCAUUACUAUAUAUUUACUGCAAUGGUACCAAUAUUGAAUAGGAUGUAAUAUUAGUGUGAUAUUGCGACAAGGAUCUUUUAUGAAACAUUGAAACAUAAAAAGGCGCCGCCUGGGUGAAAAUCUUAAUAUUUCUGAGUAAUGUGAAUUAGAAGCUGCUAUAGCCUGACUUCUCUGUCUCUGUAGUAUUGGUGAAGAUGUGUUGAACAUGUGCAUCCCAAAUGGCACCAUGUUCCCUUCAUAGUGCACUACUUUUGAUCAGGGCCUCAAUAGGACUCUGGUGAAAAGUAGUGAACUAUAUAGGGAAUAGGGUGCUAUUUGGGAUGUAGCCCCAGGUCUUUGUUAAAUAAGCGAGGGAGACUGAGACAGGUGGUACGGCUUAGCUGUUCUACACAGGUGUGUAGUAGUGUACUGCAGAGGAGGUCGUGGCACCUUCAUUGGGGAGGACAGGCUCUUGGUAAUGACUGGAG